GGACACGCGGCCAAAAGAAUGAGUUUGCGCGGCCGGAGCAAGGGCACGCGGCCAAGCGGAUGCGACUACGCGGUUGGGAAGCGCGAGCGGAUAACGAUGCAAAGUCGUUUUCAGGUCCCUACCAUUGUCUGCCUGGAGAACAGUCAAGUAACUUGAUCCUUCAUUUGGGCUCAAUUUCCCCUUGCAUGGAGAGAACAGAGAGUGAAGAUAUCUACAUCAAAUUCAAAAGGUCUGCUUACUUUUAUAAACUGUGCCAAUGUGAAUUGGGCAACCAGAGUCCAAGAUGCACUUGCAUUUGCCAAAUUGCUUGGCCUUUCCAUCAUUAUUAUUGCGGGAUUGGUUAAACUCAAUCAAGAAGAAUAUUCUCACCUUGAUUCUGCAUUUCAAGGCUCCAUACUUGAUGCUGAUAAGAUAUCCCUCGCAAUGUAUUUUGUGCUGUUUGCCUACUCAGGUUGGGACACACUUAACUACAUAACAGAAGAGGUUCUUGAUUGUGAGAGGUUGUACUUUGUUGCAGCUCGUGAGGGUCACCUCCCUCAAAUACUGUCCAUGAUCCAUGUGACCCAAUUCACACCAGUCGCAGCACUACUCAUAAACGGUACAUUAACAAUGUUCUUCCUGAUUGUGGAGGAUGUAUUUGAACUCAUUUACUACUAUAGCUUCAGUUAUUGGUUCUUUAAGGGACUGACUAUCAUUGGGAACAUCUACCUACGUUUUAAGCAGCCAAACAGACGCAGGCCUCUAAAGCUCAACCUGCUUUGCCCAAUUUUAUUCUGUCUGUGUACAGCAUGCUUGACAGCAAUACCCGCAUACACCGACAGUGUUAAUUCCCUGAUCGGGAUCGCAGUUACAUUGUCUGGACUACCAGUCUUUGUCAUUGGUCACUUCCUAGUAAAGACAAAAUGGCCUCCUUGUAUCAAAAGAAUUACAAGUAAAUCUGGCAAAAGCUUGCAGCUGUUAUUUUACUGUGUCACGAUCGACAAGGAUGACAGUACAGAACAGUCGAGUUCUGACACAACAGAUGAACAGAGUUGACAAGAAAAUUAUUAACUACAUCCCUCACACCUGCAAUACUCGAGUUUGAUGUUAGACUGAAUAAACUGAUCAGCAUUAAAUCUGU